CGUAAUCUUAAAUUUGUAAAUCACGAUUCUUUAAAUAUUUGCAUAUUUCUUCUAUGUAUUUGUGGUCAGUUGCAUCUGUGAAUUUUGCCGUGGUGUAGGGCCGUCAGCAGUUGGUUUUUGCUAAUUUAUUUAGUAAUUCUGAUCGUUGCUGGCUAUACUUUGGACAAUGCCAUAGGGCAUGUUCGAAAUCUGGAGCUUCUGCUCCACAAGAACGACUCGGAUCGCUGAUUAUUCCAACUCUUUCCAAAGAGGCUGCAAGAUGAUCAGCUGAUUAAGCAGCCAACGUCAGACCGGAGAGGCCUCACAUAGGAAAGUCCAUUAGGCGGCAAGUGCGCGUAGAGGAACGUUCGAAACGCGAGCAAUCGGAUUUUAGGAUUUCCUCCCGAAAGACAUUUGUUUGAAUAGAUGAGGGACAGUGUGAGGCUGUUGGGGGCUCUUCUGAAGGCAUCAGAGAAAGCGGCGAAUAUCGCGCGAGCCUGUCGACAGAAUGAGACACUCUUUCAGUUGCUCAUUCAGGAGAAAAAUGAGGAGGAAAAAAAUCCGAGGUUCUUUCAUGACUUCAAAACACUCGCUGACGUUCUCAUUCAGGAGACUAUUCGACACGACAUAGGAUCGGAGUUUCCAGAGUUAGCGAAGAUGGUGAAGGGCGAGGAGACUAAUGUAUUCAGUAAUACCCUGGGCAAAACAGUUACCGUCGAGGUUCUGUCGACUCGAAUGGAGACCACAAAUUUGCUGGCACAAGUCCUGGAUAAUAAUAUCAUUACGGCUGAGGCUCUCGCUAAUGAGAUCCACCGAGAUGUUGCUGUCUCCGAAGUUCCAGUCGACACUGGAAUCGACGAUUUUUCGUUUGACAUUGACGUCAGCGAUCUCGGAAUUUGGAUUGAUCCCAUCGACUCGACAGCUGAUUACAUAAGUGGAAAUACUUUGGUGGACGAGGCUACCGAUUUGCACUUGAGUGGUUUACGUUGUGUCACGGUACUUAUCGGCGCGUAUUCAAAAUCAACCGGUCUUCCGGUUCUAGGGGUGAUAAAUCAGCCAUUCUAUACGUGCCAGAAUUCCCAAAUCAGGUGGAAGGGCCAUUGCUACUGGGGUUUCGCAGACAGUGCCAAAAACCUCAAAAUGUCCUUCCCAAAGCCCGAAAAAUUGAACAAAGUGAUUGUGGUGAGUCGAUCCGAGGACUCAACGAUCAGAUCAAAACUCACAAAUUGUGGAUUCAGUUUGAUCGAAGUUUCCGGGGCUGGAUACAAAAUUCUCAGUGUUGCCACGGGUCUAGCAGAUGCUUACAUUCUCUCCAGGGGUUCGACGUACAAGUGGGACACGUGUGCACCACAGGCCAUCCUCUGUUCACAGGGUGGUGGUAUUUUGGACUUUGAGAAAUUUACAACGAACUCGGAAUCGACAGAUUUAGAUCUCAAAUAUCACGAGGAUGGGGAAAAUCACGCCAAUCGGGGGGGAUUGAUUGCUUACAGAGAAAAAUGUACGCUUGACCUACUUUGUAAAAGUCUCGUACUCACCACUAAACUUUAAUUCGUCAUUGUUAAUUAAUCUCGAUGUUUAAGCACUCCAGAUCUGUCGAGAUGUCGAUUUUUUUAAAUAACGUGAUGGGGAGAUGAUCUUUCACUUUGAAAUGUCAUCAAAAACUCAUUUUUUGGCCGAUUUUAUUAAAAAAAUUUGCGGCUUUUCUGUUUAUUUUUCUUUA